AGCAAUGUAGCUCUGCGGCAAUAAAGAACAGACCUUAUCGAUGCGACAUUCAGCUUAAACGUUUAUCAUGUGUGUUUUUCGUUUGUGUAAUAAUUUAUUGUAUCUAAUUUUUGUAUACUGGUCAAAUCUCAAGUAUUUAAUCAUAAACUCAUAGAACAUUUGACAGUUGGUGCUUGACAAUUUAAAAUUAAAUCCUAUCUUGGCUAACAGGUGCCAAUUCAAAUUGUAAAUGUAACAGUAAUAAUAAUUGUAUUAAUUAUGGAUCCAUCAAAAGAAGAGAUCCAAAUUGAGUCAGCAUUGAUCGAAAGUCUGUCAGCAGAACAAUAUUCGAGAUGCGAAUCGCCAAAACGUGGCACGACACUUUCCACAAGCACCAGUAGUUUCGAAGCGCUCGAUCCGCACGAUCCGAACCUAAGUCGUUUAGCGAACACAAUGUUCGAAAAGACAGGAGAAUAUCUGCAAGAGGAGCUCACUUCUACCCAUGCAGACUAUCAAUUGUUGGAACGCUUAAACAAAGAAACUAUUGCCAAAUACACAGAACUGAAGAUUAUUUCGUCAAAUAUUGUACAGUCAUUGGAUUCUCUGAAUGAGAAAUAUCAAAAGUUACAGCCAAUUCUUGAUAAUAUCAAUCAGAUUGAUGAUAGCGUCAGUAAGCUGGAGCAAGCUGCAUAUAAACUUGCAGCAUACUCUAAACGGCUUGAAGCCAAAUUCAAGGAUCUUGAAAAAGAUACAAGAAACAAAUAAAAUUAUACAAUUAUAAAGAUAUAAACCUUUGUCUAUAUCUACCUGUAUGUAAUAUUUAUAAUGUCAGAAAUAUCAAUUAUUAUUACCAUAUAAUGAAUAAUUAUAUAGGGAAUAUGGCAGGUCUCCCAAGAAGCAAAUAUAUAAAUGGAGACACAAUGUCAUGCUACUGACAAAUAGAGAACUAUGUUACAGAAUCAUGUUAUUUAUAUUACAUUUAUUAAUAUA